AUGACAGGGCCAUUGACCCGCGGGCGGCCGGGGAGCCGCGGCAGAUUCCGGGGUCGGCCCUGGCCGACAGGUUGCGAGGCUCGACUCUGCGGGAUCGCCUAAGGCAUCGGCAAUCUGGGGCUCAGGCUGUGCAGUUCUGGGUCCUCGGCCGUCCACAGGCGUCGGCGAAAGCCUGCCGCCCCGGCCGGGGACCAGGAAGCGUCAGGCAGCUGGCAAGGGCUCCCCGUGGACGCGCCACAGCCUCACAGCCGGCCCGAGUCUCCUGGGAGGCAGGGCUGGAAGGGCAGGAGUGAAGGCCAGCUGUGGCCCCUCGGGAAGGACCGCCUCGCCUGCUCCCGACCUAAGUCAGAACAGCUGGAUGUCCGGUGCCUCCAGGACGCAGGUGCAGGUGAGACUCGCCCUGCCACAGCACCCUGCAUCUCCGCGGAGGCCCUCGGGAGCCCAGCGUGUCGGCUCAAAACGAGGAAAGAAUGGUAAAGCCCGAGUCGCGACUCUUAAUCCCAGCGGGACAGCGUGAAUGCAUCUCAGUCCACGUGGGGCAGGCAGGUGUCCAGAUGGGCAAUGCCUGCUGGGAGCUCUAUUGCUUGGAACAUGGGAUUCAGCCUGAUGGGCAGAUGCCCAGUGACAAGACCAUUGGUGGAGGGGACGACUCCUUCACCACCUUCUUCUGUGAAACUGGUGCUGGAAAACACGUACCCCGGGCAGUUUUUGUGGAUCUGGAGCCUACGGUCAUUGAUGAGAUCCGAAAUGGCCCAUACCGACAGCUCUUCCACCCAGAGCAGCUCAUCACUGGGAAAGAGGAUGCUGCCAACAACUAUGCCCGUGGUCACUAUACCAUUGGCAAGGAGAUCAUUGACCCAGUGCUGGAUCGGAUCCGCAAGCUGUCUGACCAGUGCACAGGACUUCAGGGCUUCCUGGUGUUCCACAGCUUUGGUGGGGGCACUGGCUCUGGCUUCACCUCACUCCUGAUGGAGCGGCUCUCUGUUGACUAUGGCAAGAAAUCCAAGCUGGAAUUCUCCAUCUACCCAGCUCCCCAGGUGUCUACAGCCGUGGUCGAGCCCUACAACUCUAUCCUGACCACCCACACCACCCUGGAGCACUCAGACUGUGCCUUCAUGGUGGACAACGAAGCAAUCUAUGACAUCUGCCGCCGCAACCUCGACAUCGAGCGCCCAACCUACACCAACCUCAAUCGCCUCAUUAGCCAAAUUGUCUCCUCCAUCACAGCUUCUCUGCGCUUUGACGGGGCCCUCAAUGUGGACCUGACAGAGUUCCAGACCAACCUGGUGCCCUACCCUCGCAUCCACUUCCCCCUGGCCACCUAUGCACCAGUCAUCUCUGCAGAAAAGGCAUACCACGAGCAGCUGUCAGUGGCAGAGAUCACCAAUGCCUGCUUUGAGCCUGCCAACCAGAUGGUGAAGUGUGAUCCCCGGCAUGGCAAGUACAUGGCCUGCUGCCUGCUGUACCGUGGAGAUGUGGUGCCCAAGGAUGUCAACGCUGCCAUUGCCGCCAUCAAGACCAAGCGCAGCAUUCAGUUUGUGGACUGGUGCCCCACAGGCUUCAAGGUUGGUAUCAACUACCAGCCUCCCACUGUGGUGCCUGGGGGUGACCUGGCCAAGGUGCAGCGUGCCGUGUGCAUGCUGAGCAACACAACCGCCAUCGCCGAGGCCUGGGCCCGCCUGGACCACAAGUUCGACCUGAUGUAUGCCAAGAGGGCGUUUGUGCACUGGUAUGUGGGUGAGGGCAUGGAGGAGGGUGAGUUCUCCGAGGCCCGUGAGGAUAUGGCUGCCCUGGAGAAGGAUUACGAGGAGGUGGGCAUCGACUCCUAUGAGGACGAGGAUGAGGGAGAAGAAUAAAGCAGCUGCCUGGAGCCUAUUCACUAUGUUUAUUGCCAAAUCCUUUCGAAAUAAACAGUUUCCUUGCACGGUUUCUUGUCCCCUCUGAGUGCUUGAGCUUCUGCUGCCUUCCCCCUUCAUGCUGCUGCUGCUGUUUACUGUUCAUGACCCUUAUCCCUUCCAUCGCUGAAGGUGAGACCUGCAAAGGGGUUCUUGCCAGGCCCAGGAAGCAUAAUCCCAGGGACUUUAAAUCGAAGUCCUAGGGUUACUCAGUAUAGGGAGGAAAUGAGGACCAAAUCCAGGCACAAACUGUUGAAGGAUGAGUCUUCAGCUCCUUUCCAAGUAGGAGUUUAAUCCAGUGGUUUCUGUCUUUGAAAGUUAGACUGCUACCCUGUUCUUCCUGCUGCCUCUACAUUUACCAACUCUGGAAGCAAGGCUUGGCCCAGGCUCCUCUGUGCAUUAUGAGGGUUUGGGAGUGGGGCUGGGCUGGCCCAGAGUUCCUGGGCAUGGAGCCACGUCAUAAGCUUGGGGGAUGGGAAGGAACACAGGCAAUCUCCUAGAGUUGUUUGUGCCACUGCACCUCUGAGCAGCUUUGCAUAGCUUCCUGUCUUGCUGCUUUGCUGGAGCUGGGGCUGUGCCAUUAAAAGUCAGGUCAUCUC